AAAUUGGAGGCAGGGAGGGAAAGAGAAACCCUAGGAAGCAGCAGCGGCGGCAACAGGGAGAGAAGAUGAAGUUCAAUCCACGUGUGUCGAGCAGCCGCCGCAAGAGCCGAAAGGCUCAUUUCACGGCGCCGUCGAGCGUGCGGCGGGUGCUUAUGAGCGCCCCUCUGUCGGCGGAGCUGCGGUCUAAGUACAACGUGAGGUCGAUCCCAGUACGGAAGGAGGACGAGGUGCAGGUGAUGCGAGGAACAUACAAGGGUCGCGAGGGGAAGGUGACUCAGGUCUACCGUCGAAAGUGGGUGAUUCACAUUGAGCGCAUAACCCGCGAGAAGGUGAAUGGUUCCACCGUCAACGUUGGGAUUCACCCCUCGAAGGUUGUGCUGACCAAGCUCAAAUUGGACAAGGACCGUAAGGCCAUUCUCGAUCGCAAGGCCAAGGGUCGCGCCGCCGCCGAUAAGGAGAAGGGUACCAAGUUCGCUCCCGAAGAUAUCAUGCAAACCGUUGAUUAGUCUCUUUUGCCCCCUUAUCAUACAAACAAAUUUUCUCUAUGGGUUUUGCUACCCUUUUUCUAUUGCAGGAUUUUGUUUUUCUUGUGUUAGUCGAACUUUUUUAUCCUUUUAUUUUCCAUCUGCUUAUUAUUAACUGCCCCCCUUUUAAUAUUUUAAUUCGAUUGCUGUGGUUGCAUUUUCGUUUCAAUAA